GCCCGUUCUUGUUACUCCAGACUCGAUUGUGCCCGUGGCGUGGCUCCGGGAUCCAGAUAGUUACUCCGCGAGCUGCACCAUGUUGUCAGAAGAUAACAUCUCAAAGGAGACCGCGGCUGAAAACAAAGAGCUGGACCAGCAGAAUGUGGUCAGUCGAGUUGCCAAUCUGCCGCUUGUGAGCUCAACCUAUGACAUGGUCUCCUCAGCCUACGCCUCCACAAAAGAGACCCACCCCUACCUCAAGUCUGUCUGCGAUGUGGCGGAGAAGAGUGUGAAGACCCUCACGGCGGCCGCCGUGAGUGGGGCCCAGCCCUUCUUGACUAAGCUGGAACCUCAGAUUGCAACAGCCAAUGAGUAUGCAUGCAAGAGCCUGGAUAAAUUGGAAGAAAAACUACCCAUUUUGCAGCAGCCGUCUGAGAAGGUGGUUGCCAGCACCAAGGAAGUGGUCUCGAGUACCGUCAAUGGGGCCAAGGAUGCUGUGGCCAGUGGCGUGAGCGGGGUGGUGGACAUGACCAGAUCGGUGGUGUCGGGCAGCGUGAGUACCGUCAUGGGGUCCAGAGUGGGCCAGAUGGUGGCAAACGGCAUGGAUGCUGUACUGGACAUGUCAGAAGACCUUGUGGACCAUUACCUCCCUGUGACGGAGCAAGAGCUAAUCGAAAUGGCUGCCUCGUUGGAUUCCUCUGAGCCGGCUUGCUCUGAGCCGGCCACCCCAAAGCAGCCGAAUGAGCGGCAGAGCUAUUUCGUCCGCCUGGGGUCUCUCUCAAGCAAACUCCGCCACCGGGCCUACCAGCAUUCUGUGGGCAAGCUGUGGAGCAUCCGGCAGGGCACAGAAGUCUCCCUAGCCCAGCUCCACCUGAUGAUCGAGCUGGUGGAACACGUCAAGGAGGGCGUUGGCCAGAAGCUCCAAGGAGGCCAAGAGAAGCUGCACCAGAUGUGGUUGGAGUGGAGCAAGAGGCAGGCGGGGAGCGGGGAGCUGGUGGAAGCUUCAGUAGAGCCGGAGGUCGAGUCACAGACCCUGGCCAUGUUCCGGGGUUUGACUCAGCAGCUGCAGGGCUCCUGCUUGACCCUCAUCUCCAGCGUCCAGGGUCUUCCAGCUGGUGUCAGGGCCAAAGUCCAACACCUCCGCCACGCAGUGGAGGACCUCCACGCAUCCUUCUCGACGGCCCACUCCUUCCAGGACAUUUCAGCCACCAUCUUGGCCCAGAGCCGCGAGCGAGUCUCCAAGGCGCGCAAGGCUGUGGAUGAGGUGCUCGACUAUGUGGUCUCGAACGUUCCCCUCCCAUGGGUGGUGGGGCCUUUUGCCCCCAACUUGGUGGAGCUUCCGGAAGAUUCCAGCGCAAAAGCAGAAGAUUCUGUCCGGGUCUGCAAAGGACCGAAGGAGAAGAUGGACAAUCCCCCAAAAGAACCCUUCGAACCUAAGAAGCAGCUGGACGACCCACAAAAAGAGCCCUCCGAGGCGAAGAAAGACCUCUAGGUUUAUGUUGCGGGUUUCCAAAACGUCUAAUGUGGCUUUUGCACAAAGACUUCUGGGAGUUCUGUUGGAAGGGCUGUGGCAAAACUACAGUUCCUAAGUAUUAGGAAAACUUGUUCUGUUAACGUUGCUCAAAAAAUCCCUCUUGAUGUGUAGCAUUCAGAUGUGCCUUCUAAAAAUCGGAAUGGAUGUGAAUGACCUGUGACAAAGGUCGGCUGGCUUGUUAAGAAUAGAGCGGCUAGAAUAUACUAAUUUUACCUCUGGAUGAAUAGAUUUCUGCAGGGUCUCUUCACCAGCAUCAGUAAGACCAAGCUGUUCCAGUGUUUCAAGACAGUAUCUCACCUGCCUCAUGUAGCAGUGGGCAUACUUCUUUUCUAGAAUCCAAACAUUAAGCCUUUUUUAGUUGUCUAGAAAAAACAUUAUUAUUUUUUCCCUUCCCAAUCCACUUUAAGGGCAUUAAGAGCUCCCAGGAAUACAGUGUUCAGCUAGAAUAUGGCAAAUGUUCAGUCAGCAAAUAAGUGGGUUGCUAGGUCUUCUGGAUUGAUUGUUUUUGUGGGUGGGUGUAAGAUCUUCAAGUGGUCGGUAGGAACUCUGCAGCCCCUGUCUCUGUGACGGUUGGUAGGACAUCUUAAGGAGAACCGAGAAGCUCCAGGGUCGUAAGUGUUCCUGGAACAUCCCGUCCUUCAUUCCACCCUCGCCUGGCUUCAGGUCUUUUUCUGCCAUCUUCCUUUUCACUGACAGAGUUGCACAUUUGAACCCGUAUGGGAGAGCCACGAGAUUUGUAUGCCGUGUAUGUUUUUUCGCCCUUUCCUCUUGCUGUAGGAGAGGCUUGACCUGGUCUGGGGCCCUUGUAGUGUCGAAUCUUGAGAACAGGUAAAUUCAGUAACCAAAAUCAGUGUUGGGAGGAAGUGAAGAAAUUAUGCUCCUCCCCAAAUGAAAUUAAUGCAUGUGUUUUUUUUGUUUAACGGCCAGUGUCUUAAAAAUUAAAACUUUUCCG